AGUCGAUUUCGGGUUGAAAUUUAGAAAUUAUACUUUUGAUAAAGUACAACCACGUCUUACUUUUGGCAGUUUCAUUCUGUUCCACUUAUCUUUUUUGGAUGACCUUCAUUUUUAGUCACUACGAAAAUUUUUUUUUGGUGAGUUGUUGUUAGUAUAAGGUAGUUGGGCUUAUAAGGUAGUGACGAAAUAUUAUGGUGUCGGAAAAAUGGUCCAGGUUUUCGCUUUCAGCGUUGAGAACAUGGUCCCGUGUGGGCUCUCCCACUAAGCUUCACAGUGCGUAAACGCGGCAGGCAGUGUACGUGCGUCACCGCGGUUGAAGAACUUUUCAGUGGGACCCCAGAGAAAGCGCGUCAGUGUUAUCCAUCGAGAACGAGGACGAAUCUUAGACCAGUCUUUGUGGCGGCAAAAGCAGCAAGCAAGUUUGCGAUUUUGUAUGAUACGUUGGAAUAAGACAAAACUGAUCCAACCGAGAACAAAUUCAUGUCUCAAGCAGUGGCUAUAAUCGGCGGCUGUUUAUACGACGAGAAGCGCAUUUUUUGAAAGGGUUUGCUACGUAGGCGAGGCGAGUGGGUGUGCUGUAAUAAGGAAGUUGAACGACGUGGUAGUAGCAAUUCGACUGUUCGUAACACUCUCCAUCUGAUUCAUUACUUCUACAACGGUCUUGCUUAUCUUAGCACUGGAGGUUGGGAAAAUGGCGUCGAGUUCUUCGGUUCAGAACUUAUCGCGGAUCCCCAUCUCCCCGAUGGACACGAUCAGUGCGAUCCGCUUUCACGAGGAGGUUGGGAAUCCGCAUUUCGCAGUCAUGAGUUGGGACUGUAAGGGCUACCUCUACAGAGCCGAUGAUGGAAGCCUUUUGCAAAAAUUUCCUUCAAAUUUCCCGCUCACAGACUGCGCAUGGAUGGAUAGCACAAGACUGUGUGCAACAAGUCUCGAUGCCAGGAUAACGAUUAUUGACACAAGAACAAAUCAGGCGGUGGCACAGGUACUACGCCAAUUUCACAUUCAUUUGGCGACAGAGGAUGUUAUUAGACAGGAAGAAGAUAUUCUAGGUGAUGCAGAAUCUACUGUGAGAUCACAGAUAUUGUACGAGACGUGGCAUUCAUAAGUUUUGCACUGGCUGUUUGAGAAUCCUGUCUACAGUUAGAGACGCCUUAUGUUCAAAUAUCAGGCUGAUCGCGCGCAUGAGUCGACAAUACGGAGAGUCGUAAAGCUGGACUCGACAACAAUAAUAACUGGUGGCUGGGAUAAAAAAGUGAAAAUGUGGGAUACGAGAACGAUGAAAAACGUAGCCACUGGAAACGUCAAUGCAAAGGUACCAUCCGUUAUUCAGGCGUGUCCGUUUUUGGCGAUUCUUUGAAUUUGAGUUUCGCACAAGAGUGCUGCUGCGUUGUGCUUGGCAUCUUAAUUAAGAGUGUGCGCUAUCGAUUGCGGCCAGGGCUCGCGGAGUUCUGGCGCUGCCCAAGGAGGUGUUAUGAUAUGGAUCUUUCUGUCAUAACAGGUUUUCUGUAUGGACGUGACGCACGCGGACCGAAGCUCACCUAAGCUUGUCGUUGGUGGAUCCGACAAGCACAUACACAUAUUUGACUAUGGCAAUGGAAUCACAAAGCUUGAAGAACGAGAGUCAGCUCUCAAAUAUCAGUUGCGGUCCAUAGCCUGUAUGCCUGAUGGACAGGGCUUUGUCCAAGGAAGCGUAGAGGGCCGGGCAAGCUGGGAGUACUUACUAUGAUUUAAAUUGACUUUUUGCGAUUAUCGAUCUGAGUUCUGCUGUUGAUUAUAAGACUACGGUAGUUUAUAAUGAAAUUUGGUUGCAGCAAUGAUGAGAAUUUUGAAGUUCCGGACCGCGUCUUGGCGCAAUGGCGGUAACAAACACGAAAAGAGAUUUACCUGAAAUGCUUCUUACUCACAAGAUGUCCACAAGCUCAUACUUCCUCGAGAAAUCAUGAUCAUAAAUCUACUCAGUUAUUAGUCGCUGCCUCCCGACUAAAAGAUCCUCGAUAUGAUGAAAAUUACAUUGACCGGACUGGCAUAGGCAUGUGCUAGGUGGCGGCAUCAAACAUUCGAAAAGAGAUUUACCUGAAAACCGUCGGGGUGCCGGAACUCAUGCUCAAUUCUUGAUGAACGUUUCUAGAGAAGCGGGAUGAUCACAGAUUGGUCAUUUCUGUAUACUAAUAUCACACAGAAUUUUCAGGACACUCAAUUCCUCUGGAAAAAAAUGAAAAUCGACUCCACAAUUACUAGCUAUUUCGCUGAGGAUAUGCAGAAGGGUAAGUUCGCUUUCAAGUGUCAUCGAGAGCCCGGCGCUAACGGUAUGGAGCAGAUACAUCCAGUGCACGAUAUCGCGUUUCAUCCGAUCCAUCAUACUUUCGCAACUGUGGGCGGUGAUGGUACUUUGUGCAUGUGGGAUGGCACCUGUAAGAAGAGAAUAUGGAAGACAUCGAAGUUCGAUGAUGAAAUCACUAGUUUAUCCUUCAGUGCGGACGGUCGGUACCUUGCCAUGGCGGUUGGGUCGCACGAAGCUAACGGUCCUAAGGAGGUAUGGAUCAAAUUUUUGCAGGAUUCAGAAGUCAUGCAACGCGGAAGUCAGAAGACAAGAUGAUCUGCCUUCAUAAGAUGAAGAUGAUCCCCUGGAUUUUUAUGCGCACCCAUUUACUCACUUUGAACUCUUAGCGUACACUGCUCAGAGUGUCCUCCCAGGACAUUGGAUCCCCUUCCUACACAUCCCUAACCUUCACUCGUGUGGAAUAAAAGCAAGCUAAGCUUCUAUGCUUUGAAUCUGAUAGCGAUCGCAGGC